CUCAAGCUGUGUGCGCGCCGACAUCAAUCGUUAGCCCGCAGCGACGUUACCCUGACUGCCCAAGAGACGAGGCUGUGACAUGGGGCAGGGCUGUUCAAGCUGCUUUGCUGGCCUUAUGGCCCCGAAUAGGCCUGACAGUGAGCUGAAAGAUGAGAAAGAGCCCUUGGUGCCAAAGGAUGUGCACGACGAGCCUGUCGAAGUGAAGGAGGAGGCUGUGACGGGCUCCGCGGAGGCUGUGGUGCCCGAGGGCGCGGCGGGUGCGAAGUUGGCCGCCGCGCUGAUGGAGGCGGCAGAUGAGCCGGAAAGCGUCUCACAUCCGGAUGCUGGAGCAGGUGCCACUGUGAAGAAGCCAUCGCACCUCACGGAAAACGUGUCCUCGGAGGAAUCGGAUUCGGUGGAGCUACAGACACCCUCUGGCACGAUUGCCACCGUCACGACCGCGGAGCAUCUGCCGCUGGAUGGCUUGCCAUCCAUCGGCUCCGCGGGCCACUUUACAGGCGAGUGCAAACGCUGCUGCUUUCAUCCCAAAGGCCGCUGUUCGAAUGGCUAUGAAUGCAGGUUCUGCCAUUUCGAUCAUGACAAGCGCAAGCGCGCCAAGAAGCCGACGACGCCCCACGGCACAGGCGACAUGCAGCCAGUGCAGAACAUGGGGCCCAUGGGGAUGCAGCAUCCGCAGGCUCCAUGCUUCAUGCAGUGUAUGGGACCACCAUUGGCGACAGUGCCCGCUGACAUGGCACCCAUGGAUGGCAUGCAGGGCCCCCCGAUGCAUGAGAUGAUGCCGCCGCCCAUGCCAGGCGCAGGAGUGCCGCCGUGGCAGCACUUCCCCCCGAUGUUCCCACCCGCAGGUCCUCCUCCGCAGUUCGGCUUUGGACCUCCCAUGUGGCCGCCAGCGCCUUGCCCGGGACCGUGCCCAGGGCCUUGUCCUGCAGAUGGCCUAGUGUUGCCUAGGUACACCUCCAACGCAGGGUGCUUGUUGCCGGAUGCCCCGCUGGGCACCAUCCCUGUGAACUCAGCUCCGGUGCUGACCCCCCCACCCAUGCCCAUGGGUGGCCCCGCGCCCCUGCCGCCCGCGCCCCUGCCGCCCCUGCCGCCCGUGGCGCCCCUGCCGCCCGUGGCGCCCCUCUCGCUGAUGCCACCCUUGGGCCCCGAGCCGCUGCCGCCCGGCGCCGUGGCACAAGGCACCUUGGGGCCGCCCCACGGCGCCGUGCCCCCCGCGCCUCUGCCGCUGGCGACCAGCCCCGCGGCGAUGGAGGCGAGAGCGCCGGAGAAGAAGAGCGAUAGCCCGAGAUCGGUGAUCCUGAAAUUGACGGGCGCCUGGAACGCGCUGGCGACGAAGAGGCACGAUCUGCCAGGGGAGCCAGGUGCCGACUUCGAGGAGAUGCGAGCCAUGUGCGUGCCUCCAGCGCGAUGAGCAUUUGCCACCUCUGCACAGGUGGUUUGAGAGCCAAUGAGAGCGGCCAGUGACAGAUGGCCGUCGGUUUCAAGUUUGCGCAUAGGGAAGCUGGGAGUGUCAUCAUCAGGCAGACCAGCCGAGUUUGGAUCUUCCUUUUGUCCUUC